UCUUCUGAGAGACUCCUCCUCGGGUGCUGACGUGGCACCCCGGCCGACGCGGCCUCCCCUAUAUAUAGCGCCCCACCCCCACGCGGCUGCCGAGUGUGGCUGUGCGUGUCUGAUUCGUGUUCGCUUCUCCGACUCGACUCGAUCGACUCCUCCCUCCUCGCCGUGGUGCGGCGGCGGCGGCGGCGAAGCGCAUUGGUGGUCCACUCCGGCGGCGGGGGGAGUGAGAAGUCACCAGUAAGGAGGAGUAGAGGAUGGCGGCGAGCGGAGGCAGCUGCCCGGCGGCGAUGAAGGCGACGUCGCAGGGGGCGUUCCAGAAGGAGAACCCGCUGGACUUCGCGCUGCCGCUCAUCAUCCUCCAGAUCUGCCUCGUCGUCGUCGUCACCCGCGUCCUCGCCUACCUCCUCCGCCCCCUCCGCCAGCCCCGCGUCAUCGCCGAGAUCAUCGGUGGUAUCCUUCUUGGGCCGUCAGCGCUGGGCCGGAGCAGCAAGUUCUUGCACAACGUGUUCCCGCCAAAGAGCAUGACCGUCCUGGACACGCUGGCCAACCUCGGCCUCCUCUUCUUCCUCUUCCUCGUCGGCCUCGAGCUCGACAUCUCCGCCAUCCGCCGCACCGGCAAGAAGGCCCUCGCCAUCGCCCUCGCCGGCAUCUCCGCCCCCUUCGCGCUCGGCAUCGGCACCUCCUUCGCGUUCCGCGCCACCAUCGUCAAGGGCGCCCCGCAGGCGCCGUUCCUGGUGUUCAUGGGCGUCGCGCUCUCCAUCACCGCGUUCCCGGUGCUCGCCCGCAUCCUCGCCGAGCUCAAGCUCCUGACCACCGACCUCGGCCGCAUGGCCAUGUCAGCCGCGGCGGUCAACGACGUCGCCGCGUGGAUCCUGCUGGCGCUCGCCGUCGCGCUCUCCGGCUCCGGCUCGCCGAUCAUCUCGCUCUGGGUGCUCCUCACCGCCGCCGGCUUCGUCGCCGCCAUCUUCCUGUUCCUCCGCCCCGCGCUGGCGUGGAUGGCGCGGCGGUCACCGGAGGGGGAGCCCGUCAAGGAGCUGUACAUUUGUGCCACCCUCGCCAUCGUCCUCGCCGCCGGCUUCGUCACCGACACCAUCGGCAUCCAUGCGCUGUUUGGUGCGUUCCUCGUCGGCAUCGCCGUCCCCAAGGACGGGCCGUUCGCCGGCGUGCUCAUCGAGAAGGUGGAGGACCUCAUCUCCGGCCUCUUCCUGCCACUCUACUUCGUCUCCAGUGGCCUCAAGACCAAUGUGGCCACCAUACGUGGAGCCAAGUCAUGGGGGUUGCUUGUGCUCGUCAUCGUCAAUGCCUGCCUUGGCAAGAUCGGCGGCACGGUGAUCACGUCGUUGCUCGUCAAGAUCCCUGUCCGGGAGGCCGUCACGCUGGGGUUCCUGAUGAACACCAAGGGGCUCGUCGAGCUCAUCGUCCUCAACAUCGGCAAGGAUCGCAAGGUGCUCAACGACGAGGCGUUCGCCAUCAUGGUGCUCAUGGCGCUGUUCACCACGUUCAUCACGACGCCGAUCGUCAUGGCCAUCUACAAGCCGGCGCGGCCGACGGCGCCGUACAAGCGCCGCACCGUGGACGGCGGCGAGGCCGACGGCGAGCUGCGCGUGCUGGCCUGCUUCCACACCAACCGCAACAUCCCGACGCUGCUCAACCUCGUCGAGUCGUCGCGGGGCACCGGGCGCGGCCGCCUCGUGAUGUACGCCAUGCACCUCGUGGAGCUCUCGGAGCGGUCGUCGGCGAUCACCCUGGUGCAGCGCGCCCGCCGCAACGGCAUGCCGUUCUUCAACUCCGGCGACAAGGCCGAGCAGAUGGUGGUGGCGUUCGAGGCGUUCCAGCAGCUGAGCUCGGUGCGGGUGCGCCCCAUGACGGCCAUCUCCGACCUGGACACCAUCCACCGCGACGUCAUCGACAGCGCCACCGCCAAGCGCGCCGCCAUCGUCGUCAUGCCGUACCACAAGAUGCUCCAGCACGACGGCACGUUCCAGUCCCUCGGCUCCGCGUACCACGCCAUCAACAAGCGCGUCCUCCGCGAGGCGCCCUGCUCCGUCGCCGUCCUCGUCGACCGCGGCCUCGGCGGCCACGCCCAGGUGUCCGCCAAGAACGUGGCCUUCUCCGUGGCGGCGCUCUUCUUCGGCGGGCCCGACGACCGCGAGGCCCUGGCGUACGCGACGCGGAUGGCGGAGCACCCUGGUGUCGCCGUGACGCUGGAGCGGUUCAGGCCGAGUCGCGCGCAGCCCGACGAGGAGGACGCCGCCGACGAGGCGGCGGUGGAGGCGUUCAAGUCGAAGGUGGGCAUGGUGAAGGACGGGUCGGUGCGGUUCGACGAGCGGCCGGCGCAGAGCAAGGCGGAGGUGAUGGAGGCGAUCAACUCGCUGUCCAUGUUCAGCGUGUUCGUGGUGGGGAGGAUGCCGCCGACGGCGCCGCUGGUGGAGAAGCCCGACGAGCUGGGCCCCGUGGGGAGCUACCUGGCGUCGCCGGAGUUCAGGACGUCGGCGUCGGUGCUGGUCGUCAAGAGGUACGACCCGGCGGCGAACCCGGCGAGCAAGAGGUACGACCCCAAGGCGAGGCCACCCGCCGCGACGGAGGAGGACGCCCUCGACGAGCUCACCGGCGCCGCCGUUGUCCCGGUGGCGCAUUCACCGAUGAACCACGACAUUGUAUGACUUUAAUUUGCUCGUCGCCGGCCAGAAUUAUUAUACUACCAGUAUUAUUAUACUACCAGUAGUAGUUCAUGUUUGAUGAUUCACAGAAAAUGGUAGCGAUAUAUGUUUGUUGUGUGUGUGGAGUGUUAUACUGAUGAAGUGUAUAUAAUAACAUCAGUCGUUUUUCUUGUACGCAGUGUGCAGCCUUCGUCGAAUUAAUCAUGCUGCUAGCUGCUUUUUGCGUUAUCCCUGUUCCUUUUUGACUUGUUUUUCAAAGUAUUGCUGUCAAACUUUUAUAAAUUUGAUUGCUAAUACGACUGAAAUUACCUGCGUU